AUGUUGAAAGCCUGGGUGGGAACCGCACAGCCGAAUUCACAUUUUGUCCUGAAGCUCGUGGUGCCAAAUUCCUCCGUUGGCAAAAUCCUUGGGUUGGGUGGAGUGAACCUCUGUCAGAUUCAGCGAAUCACCUGCUGCCGCAUCAGUAUCAGCCGAUGGAACAAAGGCAUCCAUGAGCGAGUUGUUGUGCUGAUGGACAGUCGGGCCGACUUCCUGAUGCGCGGGGCAGUGGCUGUUCUGGAGUGCAUCCAAGACGAUCCGAACCUUCAUGAGCACAUGAACUUCGAGUAUGGCGUGGAGCUACCUCUUGGCGCUUGGCUUUGUGGCAAGCUAGGCCCGGCAGAACCCGACGCAGUUCUGAUGCCUUACGAGACGGCCAGACGUCUGCCGAAGCGGCCAAUCCUGGAGAACCUGGUCAAGGCCGCCCCGAAGGAGCUCCUGAUCCGACAUGGGCUGCUGGGUAGUAUCAAGAAGAUUCUUAAGACGAAGACGCACGAGCAGGUGCUGGCUGCUUUGGGGGAGGCCUUGGGCGGCCCCCCUGAGCAUAGGCGCAUGAGCCGGCGGGAUGCAGGCUGGGCUCCCUCGGAAAAGCAGCGGGCCAAGCACAACAAGGGAAGAGCAUCCACGCCGUGGCCAGCUGUGACCCGCGACAGCGUCUACAUGCACCUGGACGCGCGCUUUCCGGACCCUCUCAAAUACUCCAUGCACCUCAUCCUCACCGACACUGAAGGAGGCCUCCCCGUGGUCUGCGGGGCACGGAACAAGCUCGGCUUCGAUGGGAAGAAAGUCACUGUGGACGGCAAGCCGCUGAAGUGA